GCCAGUGAGUGUUUAAACCAGUAAAAAACGGUAUAUAGUUUUGGAAGAUGUCUAGUCGUAAAAUUUCGCUUCUUUUGUUGGUGGCAUAUUCCAUAGCAUUAAUACACGCACGGCCUAAUGAAAAGCUUGCUGCGCGGCUUUCACGUCUCUACUUGGAUCCAGCGAAUGACGAACGCUUCAAUGAUAUCGAACGGUUCAACGGCGACGAAGUGCAGUAUUCCGCCAGAAAGGAUAUGGUGGAUGAAGAAGUAGUCUUACAGAUUAUGGAUGUGUCCACCAAAAAAAAUGAUGAAAUUGAGGCUCUCAACCAAAGUGCCGAAAUAGAGGAGGGACUAACGCGUUCGAUGGUUUCUUCGAUAUUCAGAUUUAUGGCCAAUGUGAUGGGACCCUUUAUACAUAGAUUGUAAUAAUUAAAUACACAAGUGUAUAUGUAUAUGUAUGCAAUAUUUUUUUAACAAACUUCGGGGCAAAAUGUCUUUGGCCUUCGUUUUUUGAAUUUUUUACAUUAAUAAACAUCGAAAUUUGUA